AAGUGCAGCGAGACACAGAGUUGAGAAAAGGGGAAGUCUCCAAAAAAAGGGGAGAGAGGAGGGAGGGAAAACGCAGACGCUACAUGUGGCUAUUUGACGUUACGAGAAAGUUAUGGAGGGAGACAAAAUAGCUGCUUUGAAGAGGUCGUUUGAGGUGGAGGACGUGGACGCCACCUCCCCCACCACGCGCCGCAACGCCAACUCCCACCAGCGCGCGGGCAUCUCCCCCAGCAGCCAGAGCUACUACGACCUGGGCAGCCGUGCCAACCACGCCAACAGCCCCCGGCCCAAGGCCCGCACGCCCGAGCCCGUCUCCCGCCGCUCCGAGCUCUCCAUCGAUAUCUCGUCCAAUCACAAGUCGGUGGACAGCUCCCCCAGCCAGGGGGUAUCCCGCUUCGCCCUGAAGCGGCCCGAGGUCCUGGGCCACAGCAAGACGCCCGAGCUGGCGCAGAAGCACACGGUCACCUUCAGCAAGCCCCUGGAGACCACCCUCGCCUCGGCCCACCCGCCGCGCCCCCCCGCUGCCCCCCACGCCAGCGCCAAGCUGCCCGAGACCACCUUCAGGAGGACGGAGCCGCCCAGCCCGGGGGAGGUGGCCGGCACACGUCGGCCGGAGAUCAGCGUCACCAAAGCGCCCGACACCAAGGCCCAGGAGAACCACCACCCUCACCACCACCACCAGACCAUCAGCACACGCUGCGCCUCCCCCAACCACACCGGACGCAAGUCGCCGCAGGACAGCCAUAGGCCAGAGGUCAUCACAAGCUUCUACGGGACUAUGUCGGACUCAGCAAAGAUGCCCCAGCAUGCACCUGCUGCACAGGGGGGCAAGCCUGGCACAGACUUCAGCUAUGUGGGCAUCGAUGCCAUCCUGGAGCAGAUGAGGAGGAAGGCCAUGAAGCAGGGCUUUGAGCUCAACAUCAUGGUUGUCGGACAGAGUGGUCUGGGCAAGUCCACCCUGAUGAACACCCUGUUCAAGUCCAAAGUCAGCCGCAAAUCAGUGCUGACCACAGAGGAGGAGAGGAUCCCAAAGACCAUUGAGAUCAAGUCCAUCAGUCACGACAUUGAAGAGAAGGGUGUGAGGAUGAAACUUACGGUAAUCGACACUCCGGGCUUUGGGGACCAGAUCAACAAUGAGAACUGCUGGCAGCCCAUCAUGAAGUUCAUCAAUGACCAGUACGAGCAGUAUCUGCAGGAGGAGAUCAACAUCAACCGGAAGAAGCGCAUCCCUGACUCCAGAGUGCACUGCUGCAUAUACUUCAUCCCACCCACAGGGCACUGCCUAAGACCCAUUGACGUGGAGUUCAUGAGGCACCUCAGCAAAGUGGUCAACAUCGUCCCCGUCAUCGCGAAAGCAGACACGCUGACCUUGGAGGAGAGGGACUACUUCAAACAGAAGAUCAGAGAAGACCUGAGUGCCAACGGGAUUGAUGUCUACCCCCAGAAGGAGUUUGACGAGGACGCCGAGGACAGGAUGAUCAACGAGAAGAUCAGAGUCUAUCAGGAGAUGAUCCCAUUUGCUGUGGUGGGGAGUGACCAGGAGUACCAGGUCAACGGGAAGAAGCUUCUAGGAAGGAAAACAAAGUGGGGGACCAUAGAAGUUGAGAAUAUUGCGCACUGCGAGUUUGCCUACUUGCGUGAUCUGCUAAUCAGGACCCACAUGCAGAACUUAAAGGACAUCACCAGCAGCAUCCAUUAUGAGAUGUACCGGGUUCGUCGGCUCAACGAAAACAACACACAACCCAACGGUCAACCCAAUGGUCAGCCUGCCCUGCAAGCCAAUGGUGUCCCGGGUCCUGAGGUGCUGUCCCACGAGAUGUAGACAUCCGUCUGUUAGCCUGUCCACCGAUCCCGAAAACCUGACGAAGCCCUCUUCUGGCCAACUGUCCACUGUCUCAGCCAGAUCUCCCACACGUCCCCUAACAAUGCACUCCAAGGAGGCUGUGGACUCCCCAUACAAAACAGUCAUGUUCUUCCACAAUUAAAAAACGUCAUUUAAUCAUAUCUUAAGUGUUUCAAUCAGAAGUAUUCUUUUUGGAGCCUCGUUAUCUGUUCCUCGUAUGUGUGCCAUUUCAUUUUCCUCCAGAAGUUAAGAGCAAACCCCUUGGUCCCUUACUUUGUCUUGUAUAAUAAAUGUGUGUCUCAGUCUCUGGACCUUUGUCUUAUUUCCAUCCAUGUCCAUUAUGGCUGAAGCCCUGAUGGAAGUUUGUACAUGGGAGUGCCAACCACUUACACAUGUAGUGUUACCAGUGCCACUCUUAUUGUCCGUCCGUCAUUGCCAAUUUAAUGUUUACAAACACAGAGUGAUUAAGAAGUGAUAUGAUAUCAGUCUGACAGCUGACAGAAAAUUAACUGUUAUAUUGAGAGGUUAAAAGAGUAAAGUGCAACUGUGGCAAGGUUAUUGCUAGAGUACAACCAUGUGUUCCAGACAUGUAUAUCCUGUACCAAACAGUAUAUAUAAAUACAGCAUAUAAUAUAUAUUCCCAAAAAUAUAAACCUCACAGUUUGCACGUGAUUCUUUUUUCUUUUUUUUUUAUAAAGUAGGAUCUGAGUCUGUAGUUGUUCAGUGCUGUGCUGUGUGGCAGUGUGUGGUCUAGUGUUUGCAGAAACCGACUCCUCUGCUCUGUCCGUUACAGAUGAGUGUGGAGCCGCCACGACCCCCCCUCCCCCUUUUUUUUCUGUUGUGGUUUCCUCUGCCCAUGAUACCCAUCCCUCUAUGUUGUGUUUGCAUUGUUGUUACUGAUCUUGUUAUUAUUGAUGUGUAGGUUGUUUUUGAGAACUGUGGGCAUAAUACAUAUUGGACUAUUAAUUCCCCUUUGCCUACUGUACUCCAUGUAAACCAAAUAAAUGUGCUUUUUGUUCUUAAGAGAAACAGGUAUAUAGAAUUGAUUUAUGAUUAAAUAAAUAUUUAUACGUCAUUGUAUUAGA